AUGGCAGACGAAGACAACAAAUAUGAUGUCCUGGAGAAGAUAGGCCAUGGCUCUUUUGGCGUCAUCCGCAAAGUCCGGAGGAAGUGCGACAACCAGAUAUUGUGUCGCAAAGAGAUUAGCUACACACGCAUGUCUCAGAAAGAAAGAGAACAGCUACAGGCAGAAUUGUCUAUCCUAAAAGAACUUCACCACCCAAACAUAGUUCGGUAUUAUGAACGAGAUCAUCUCAAAGAGUCUCAGGACCUCCACCUGUAUAUGGAAUACUGCGGCAAUGGUGACCUUGGUCGACUGAUUAAGAACUUGAAAAUAAAGAAUCAGUAUGCAGAGGAAGAGUUCGUCUGGAGCGUAUUCUCUCAGAUGCUUUCUGCUCUAUACCGAUGUCACUAUGGCGAGAAUGCUCCCGACGUUGGUCACGAUAUCAUGGGCCUGGGGAAUAAUGCAAAACCGCUGAAGAGCAAACAAAACAUGUUCAUGAUACUGCACCGCGAUUUGAAGCCAGAGAAUGUCUUUCUUGGAGAAGACAACUCUGUCAAACUCGGAGACUUUGGGCUUUCAAAGAUUUUGCAAUCUCACGAUUUCGCUUCCACAUAUGUUGGCACUCCAUUCUAUAUGUCCCCUGAAAUCUGCAGUGCCGAGCGUUAUACUCUACAUUCUGAUAUAUGGUCCCUUGGCUGUAUCAUUCAUGAACUUUGCGCAAAGGAGCCCCCAUUCAAUGCGAAGACUCACGUCGAUCUUAUAAAUAAGAUCAGAGCUGGGCGAGUGGAAAGGAUACCAGCUUGCUAUUCCGGAGAGCUACAAAAGGUUAUUGACAGCUGCUUACAGACCAAUCCGAGUCAUCGACCAAGCACUGCACAGCUUCUCAAUUUGCCAAUCAUAAAGCUCAUGCGCAAGGAACAGGAGGUCGUGAUUUUGGCCCAACAGAUGAAACAUGAAAAGGAUCAGGCUACAAGGGCUCUCAAGGAGCUCAACAGUAAGAUGACUCGCAUCGAGCUUCAAAAUACAAACAUUCGUGUCGAGAUCGACGCUGCGGUCCGGAGAGAAUGGGAGGUCAAAGCUCGACUAGAGAUCGAUCGCCAAGUGCAGCUGGAGAUGGAAAGGUUGGAACGAGUUUUCGAAGGAGAAGUUAGCAAACGUGUGGCACAAGAACUAGACCGUCGUUUGACUGAGAACUCCUCAAGCGAUGGAGAAUUUGUUCGCUCGUUGACACCAACCAUGGAGGCGGAUGAGGAUAAAGUGGGAGACAGCAGCGAUAACCAUGGGAAGUCGCAUAGCACUCUGGGCUCGAGAUCAGAUUUUCCAAGUCAGACGGAUCUUUCUGACCUCUCACUCGAAUCGCCCGACGCUUCGAGGCCGUCCUUCCGGCCCACCAAACGCCCGACGCGAACGCCCUUCACGCGGGCCAAAACCAUGUUUCAACAGGGAUCUAAUAUAGCAUCACCUAUGGAUGUGCAGAUGGCUGAGCCAUCACCGAUGGGUGUAGGAGCGCUGUCAUUAUCACCACGGCGGCUACCCAUAAAGCGGAACUUGUUUCAAGCUCCGGAGCGUUGGGAGCCUAAGAUCCCAGAGUCACCAUCAGACCUUCCUUCUGACGAUGAUGAUGUAGAUGCAGAUUUCUUGGGGGAUGAUGAACUUCCUACGCUUCCGUCUCCUACUCGACCAAGGAAAACGGCGAUGGCGGAUGAUCCAUUCAAGACAUUCAAUCCCAUACAGAAUAAACCAACCUUGAAUCCCACUCACCGGCUUGGGUCAGCGCCCAAUCUUCUUGCACCUACUGGAGCUGUAACUGCCACUACCGCUGCCAGCACUCGCCCUCGCCCUACGAGCACGGUGCCUGUUGUUGCUACUUCUCCCAACCGGCGGAAGAGCAAGAUGCCCUUGCCAACCGAAUGCGGAAGUCCCACACGUAAACUCGGGCCGAAUGCACCCGCUGGGACAUCUGUCAAGGAUUUCUCGUCAGCGUUUGCUCCCACAGCAGCCUCAACACUAAAAAGCAAGAGAGGUAACGUUGACGAGAUGCGUCAAAUAGCUAUGCGAAAGAAUCUUCAAGGCCGAACGCUAGUCGAGCUCUCACAAGGAAGAGCACCAUUGAGCGACGGUAGCUAUGGCAGCGAUUCUGGCGAUGAUGGAAAACGUAGGACGGGGACAAGAUUCGCUGCAGAAUGGGACCCAGAAAGAGACGAGAUGCCUAGUCCGUUCCUAGCACGAGGGGCGUCGAGAGGUAGAGGCAUACUACCUCACCGGUAAUGGAACGUGGCAUAUUUGGAGGAGAAGGAAACACUGAUUUAGCCAUGCCUGUAUGUUGCGAUGAGUGAAGAGUGAUUGGGGACGAAAGUACGACCGAGCUGGCUGCGUAUGUUGGUUUCCCUUUGUUUGAGUUAUUUGCAUUGAACGGCGUUUGGUUUCUCUUGGGUACUCUACUCUGUUGUCUGGCGGCCGCGUUAUAGUUUUCUUAAAUGCACACAUCGAAGUCAACUCGAUGUGUUACCAAUGCGUUGUUCACGAGAAUGGAAAUUCCGUUAGCUACUCAUGAGUAGCUUCUUGAGUGGAAUACACUACAAUACCUACGGUCUGAUGCAAUCAACAGCUAUGUAUUUGGCCAGACGUGAAAUCAACCUGAUGCUAUCGAUCACUGCAAAC